AUGCACAAGGUGAAUCGGCGAGGUCAGUCGGCACUUUGGUGCACGGCUUCCGGUGGCCAUGUGGAGACACUUCGGCUGCUGAUCGAGGCGAGGGCGGACCUGGACCAGCCAGAAGGCACCACCCCGCUGGCAGUAGCCGCAGGAGCUGGCCACGAUGCCGUCGUUAAUGCCCUUUUGGCUGCGGGCGCCCAACUGGUGAUCUCCCUACUGGUGGUGGCCUGCAAGCAGGGCCACGCGGAGGUGGCCUCCACGUUACUCGCCGCAAGAUGCUCCACCGACUGCCGCGGUGAGAACGGCCUGUCGCCACUGACUGCGGCCUGUCUUUCUGGCGAGGUCGCCGUGGUGCAGACGCUGCUGAGUGCCGGCGCGGCCCAGAACGACUUGGAUGGCUCAGGGGACUCGCCACUGUCCACUGCCUGCAAGGCAGGGCACGCCGAGGUGGUCGGCUGCCUGCUGAAGUCUGCUGCAGACCCAAACCGACUGGAUGGUUCUGGGAUUUCGCCCUACCAGAAGAUCUCCAAUUUGUGGCUUGGUCCUUGA